AUGAUAAUACGAGCCUACCGAUCAAAUCGCACAUCGUUCUCUCCGCUUCAACUGAUUCGUCUGGAUCCGCGACCUCUGUUCACCUACUCCCUCAUAUUGGCAUUUCUCGCACAAUUCGCUCAUGAUUUCCUAUUGUGCUACAUAAACUACAGAGGCUAUGUCAUUAACUCGUCGGAAAACUCGAACAUUAAUGCGUCAGCAGUCGACGUGACCACGGUGACAUG